ACUGAUUCACCCCCUCCCUCGUCUCGUCUCUCCACCCCGCCUCCGUCUCCUACCCACCGCCGCCACUCCCACCCAAACCCCUCGUCCACCGCCACCAUGGACAGGGCCCCGCCGCCCGGCGCUUCUCGCAAUGCCGUCGGCCAGCGGUGGCUCACUGUCUUCACCUUCCUGGCCACGCUCUCGGCCGCCGCCUCCGUAAUCCACCUCGCGGUGUCCCCGAGCCGCCGCCACCCUAGCCUCGGGGUACCCCCGGCCCCCACAACCGCCUCGCGCCGCUCUGCCUGCUGAUGGAUCCGGCCACGCCCGCCUCCGAUGCCGACGUCUACGUCGAGGCCAACGGGGAGGACGGCGCGGAUGACUCGGAGUUCGCGGACGCCCAGGCGGGAGCGGGGGGACCACCGUGCUGCUGGACCUGCGUCGUGGUGCUGCUCGCGGCGGCCUUCGGGGAGCACCUGGCGCCCACCGUGCUGGGCCUAGGCGGGGUCUGGUCCGGCUGCCUCGUGCAGACGCUCGUCAUCAUGCAGCGCCCGCUGCUGCUGCCGGCGGACCGCGAGAGGGUCGCCGCCACCGCCACCGCCGCCGCGGUCGUUCUGCCGCUGCCGCCCAAGCAUAAGUCGGUCGAUUCCUGCCUUCUCCCCUUCUUUUGGUUAGGAACCAUCAGCGAAUCAGGAAUCUACAAGAACAAUGGCUAUCUGAUGGUGUCCUGCAAUGGCGGUCUCAACCAGAUGCGCGCAGCUAUAUGCGAUAUGGUGACGGUUGCAAGAUACUUUAAUGUCAUACUCAUCGUGCCGGAGUUGGAUAAAACUUCAUUUUGGGUUGAUCCUAGGGACUUUAUUCAUGUUUCUCCUGAGAUCGAGGAUGAAGAAGUUGGAAAAAUAAAUGCAUGCUGGAUCUAGGGAGGUGUAGGACUUUGUUGUAAUGCCCUUUUUUCUGGGAAUUUUGUUGUACUGGUGAUUUUGCUAAGAAUUUGGUGUAUAUUUGCUUGCCACCAUGUUUACUUUAAAUUUAUUUUUGGAUUGGAAAA